AUGGUGCUGCGGUCUGGUGAUACACGACUAGGCGUCAUCGCAGACCCGAACAAGUGGAUGUGGGUCGUGGAAAAGUUCCAGAAGCAGCAUAGAAUGCCCCUAGCCGUGAAGUAUAAAUUUCACCGACGAUAUACAAUCGCCAUCGAGCGCUCGGACUACGCUCUUGGCCCGUUCCCAGCCAAGCAAAUCCCUCUUACAGAAUACAAUCAUGUCAGCCUAAUACGCUCUCCCCCAGUCUAUCCGCUCGCCACGUAUCCACGCGUCAUGAUAAAAUUUGUUUCAAGAUUGCCGGAUCCUUCAUCGUUGUCAUCUUGCGUUCGUACGAAUAAGAUUCUCUCAAUCUCCGAUCUUCCCUCGGGCUAUAUACGGUCUCCAGGUGACUUAUGGGUUCAUCAAAUCUAG